AUGAAACUCUUGGCAUGGAACUGUCGAGGGCUUGGGAACCCUCGUACAGUUCGAGAACUUCACCUUCUGGUGAAAGAAAAGGUCCCACAGGUUGUGUUUAUCUCUGAGACUAAGUGCAACCGUGAGAAAGUAGAAAAGAUUAGGAACAGAUUGGGGUUAGCAAACAGUUUUGUGGUGGAAAGUAGAGGGAGGAGUGGGGGUCUGGCAAUGAUGUGGAGUGAGAAAACUUAUGCUUCUUUGUUUUCUUAUUCGAUACACCAUAUUUCUUUAGAGGCAUGUAAUGAGGAGGGAGGCAGCAAGUACCAUGUAACUGGCUUUUAUGGGGAUCCCGUCGUGAUGAAAAGGAGAGCUUGUUGGGAUUUGUUGAGGUUGUUGAGACCAGAAAGUAACUGCCCUUGGUUAUGCAUGGGUGAUUUUAAUGAGUUGCUGUCAAAUGAGGAGAAGUAUGGGGCUGCUGAAAGACCUUUUUCCCAAAUGGAAAGCUUCAGAGAGGCUUUGGAUGAGUGUGAGCUUAGUGAUUUGGGUUUUUUUGGAUCAAGGUUCACGUGGUGUAAUAAAAGAGAGGGAAGGGCAUUUAUCAAGGAAAGAUUAGACAGGGCUUUUGGCAAUUCCAGUUGGCCUAAUCUGUUUGAAUCCUCAAUUGUUCAAGUGUUACCUGUUUUAACUUCAGACCAUGCACCAUUGUUGAUUCACUGUUUUAAUUCACAGGAGGAACGGUUAGAACACAAGAAAUUAAGCAGGUAUGAAGCUUUCUGGUCUAAGAAACAGGAAUGUAGGGAUAUUAUACAAAGGACAUGGCUAUCUUUUAGGGGCAGAAAUAGUAACUUGAAGAAUGUUCAACAUGCUCUUGAAAGUUCUAUGGUUCAACUGCAAGCAUGGGUAAGAAGAACAAGAGAUCACCAAAGGCAGAAAGUGAAACAGAAGACAGAUAUGAUAAUGCAAAUGCAAAAUCAGAACGAAGGUGAGCUUAAUGCUGAAAUAAAAGCCCUUCAAGAUGAAGUGGAAGUCUUUAUGGAAGAUGAGGAACUGAUAUGGAAACAGAGAGCUAAACAACAGUGGCUCAAAGAUGGCGACAGAAAUUCCAAAUUUUUUCACAAAUGUGCAUCUCAUAGAAGAAAAGUAAAUGUGAUCAAAAGUAUUACUGAUGAAAGGGGGAACAGGGCCACCAACCGAGCAGAGCACAUUGUUGGAGGGGACGUGGCUGCUGCAGUGCAGGAAAUACUGGAAACUAGAAGAGGUGUGGCUGAAAUCAAUGAGACUUAUAUUGCUUUGAUUCCUAAGAAGAAACUUCCAACUAUUGUCUCGGAGUACAGACCCAUUAGUUUAUGUAAUGUCAUCUACAAGGUGGUCUCUAAAGUCCUGGCAAACAGAUUGAAGCUUUUCCUUCCUUCCAUUAUUUCACCCUCACAAAGUGCUUUUGUUCCCGGGAGAUUAAUUUCUGAUAAUAUCAUAGUGGCAUAUGAAACUAUGCACUCAAUGAAACAUAGAAUGAGAGGUAAGAGGGAAGGAUACAUGGCAUUGAAGUUAGACAUGAGUAAGGCAUAUGACAGAAUUGAAUGGCCUUUUUUAGAAGCUGUUUUGCUCAAGAUGGGAUUCAGUAAAGAGUGGACUGAACUGGUUAUGUCAUGUGUGAGCUCUGUCAAGUAUUCUAUUCUGAUAAAUGGCACUCCACAGCAAAAGUUCUGUCCAAAGAGAGGAUUGAGACAAGGAGACCCUCUUUCUCCUUAUCUUUUCAUCUUAUGCUCUGAGGUUCUUGGCCUAUUGCUGGAUCAAGCUGAACAGAAGGGUUUCAUAUCAGGUUUUCCAUUUGCUAGAGGGAGGCUUUUGGUUAACCAUCUCUUUUUUGCAGAUGACAGUUUGCUUUUCUGCAAGGCAAAUGCACUGGAGUGGAGCAGGCUCUUUGGCAUCCUCAAAAUGUAUGAAUAUGCAUCUGGUCAGAGGCUAAAUAUGGAUAAAACAGCAGUGUAUUUCAGUAGCAAUACAAGAGCUGAGGCAAAAGAGGUUAUACUUGCAGCAGCAGGACUGGAGGAGGCCAAAUCUUAUGAAAAAUAUUUGGGGCUGCCAGCCUACGUGGGGAAACAGAAGUUAAAUGCUUUCAAACCUGUCUUGGAUAACAUAAGGGCAAGAAUGCAUAGUUGGUCAGUCAGAUUUCUAUCUCAGGCAGGAAAGGAAGUGUUGUUAAAAUCUGUCAUACAGGCCAUUCCUACUUAUUGUAUGAGUAUUUUCAAACUUCCUAAAGCUAUUUUGAACUCCAUUAAUUCCUUAAUGCAAAGGUUCUGGUGGGGAAUGAAAGGUGAUAGAUCAAAAAUUAAAUGGCUCUCUUGGAAGACCUUAGGAAUAUCAAAGGAAGAGGGAGGUCUUGGCUAUAGAGAUUUUGAGAACUUCAAUGUUGCUCUCUUAGCCAAGCAAGGUUGGCGGCUUCUCAAACAACCAGAUUCUUUACCUGCAAGGAUUCUUAAAGCAAAGUAUUUUCACAAGUCAGACUUCAUACAGGCCAAGUUGGGCAGCAAUCCUUCAUUUCUAUGGAGGAGUUUCACUGCAGGGAGGGAGGUUCUAAGGGAAGGGAUGCUUUGGUGUAUUGGUAAUGGAAAUUCUGUAAGGAUUUGGAAAGACAAAUGGAUUCCCAGGCCUACCUCUUAUAAAGUUCAAUCAACUGUAAGGGUGCUAGAUGAGUCUUCGAAGGUGAGCUGUUUGAUUGAUCAGCAUAGGGUUGAGUGGAAUAAAGCCUUGUUACAGGAUGUUUUCGAUCCUGAGGAGAUAGAGGUCAUUAGCAGAAUUCCUAUAAGCAUAACAAAUGCUAAUGACAAACUGACAUGGAGGUGUACAAAAGAUGGUUCCUUUUCAGUAAAGAGUGCCUAUCACUUGCUAUGUAUGAUGGAGGCAAACAACCAGGGGCAGUCUUCUUCUGUAGUUCCAAAUAACAAGAGUUGGUCUAUGAUCUGGAAACUGGGGAUUCCUAAUGCAAACAGGAUGCUAAUAUGGAGGGCCUGUCAUGAGUCCUUGCCAACAAAGCUUAAUUUAUUUAAGAAAAGGAUAGUGGAGUCACCUUUCUGUCCAGUGUGUCAAUUGGAGCAGGAAUCAGUUAUGCAUGCACUCUGGUCUUAUGCUUCAGUCCAAGAUGUGUGGAGCCUGACCACAGUUUAUCAAAUUUGGAAGAGAAGGAACCACUUUAUUUUUGAGCAAAAGUUUUGGGAGCCAGGGAAGGUAGUUGAUGCUGCUUCUCAGGUUGUUACUGAUUAUAGUGUGGCAAAUAACAAGGAUGUAGCGGUUCAAGUUAGUUCAAGACAAAGUGUUUCUAAUUGGAGAGCACCCCCUCUCAAUGUAUUCAAAGUGAACUGGGAUGCUGCGGUUGAUAAAAGUAAGUGCAAAAUUGGUGCAGGAAUUGUCAUUAGGAACUGGGAAGGCAGUGUAGUGGCUUCUUUAAGAUCACCUAAAGAUUCUUUCCCUGAUGCUCUCUUAGCAGAGUCUUAUGGAGUCUUGAAAGCAAUUCUUUUCAGUCAACAGUUGGGACUAACUCAUGUGAUAUUUGAGGGAGACGCACAGCAAGUUGUCUUGGCACUCAACAAACCAAGCCAGGAUGAGUUCCCAGCUGGGGUGUUUUUAUCUGAUGCAAAACUUCUAUUAGGCUCAUUCGUAAGGUGGUCUGUAGAACAUGUUUCUCGUGAUUGUAAUUCCGUGGCUCAUGUUUUAGCCAAGGAUGCUCUUAAACUCUCUGAGGAGAGCAUACCAUUGGGGGAAAUUCCCUCGUGUAUUCAUCCGUUGGGAUUAUUGAGUUGA